UUCCCUGCUUAGAUGAAACAAUAACAAUUUAGAAUCAAAGGAAAGCCAAGAGAAGUGGAGGAGAAGGAGAUGGAGUAGAUAGAGAAAAAAGUGUUGAAGAACAGAGAGGAAAAGAAGAAAAAGUUUGAUAAAAUUCUUUGAAAAACAGAAUUGCCCCGGUUCAUGAUGCUUUCAAAGUGUUCAUCUUCAUUUGCAUAUUGGGAUAUACACAAUCAGAAGUUUAAAGGUCGAUGGUCAACCUACUUGUCCACUGUAGUAUACAAGGGGGAACAAGAGAACAGAGAACCUGAUUCUUUCUUUCAUCAAACCCUUAGGAUUGGAUUUAAUAACUGGGGUAAACAUUUCCAAUAUGACCUGGAAACAGAAGAAAUAGGCAUAGCAACUUAUGAAGGAUAUCGCCUAAAUGCAUUCCUAGAGAUGUAUCAGCUACAAGCUAUCUUUUUAUACAAUGAUGAAGUCUGGGGAACCUUGGAUGAAGAAACUGGGAAAUGGAAUGGAGUAAUAGGAAUGGUUGGAUAUGGUGGGGCUGACAUUGGAGUUUGUAGUAUUUCUUACACCUUUGAAAGAUCAUUGCUUGUUGAUUGUACAACAAUUUGUUUACUUACAUGGUUAGAUGGUUGGACAACAAAGGCAGUGCUCAGAACGGAAAAGGUGUGGGGUUACAAGUUCAAUAUCCCGACAGGGGGUCUCGCUAUAUUUGCCCGUAUGUGUGUGUCUGUGUGUCCAGCUGUGGCAUUUACAGCUACCAUGGAAG